CAAGUUGAGGAAAGGAGUGGAAAUAGAAAAAGGAGAGCGUGAGAAUAGAAGGAGAUCAAAGUAUAAAUCGGAUAGACGGAGUAGAUCGGAUAGACGGUGGAGAUGUUGGCUGUGUUUGAUCGGACGGUGGCGAAGAGCCCGGAGGGGUUGAGAAGUCCCGGGGAGGAUGGAGGCACCGGAGCAGUAGCGUUACCGAAGGAGUUCACGGCGGCACGGGAAGGGGCGGUGGUUGUGAAUCUUGGUAAAGAUGGGGCUAUUGCGUACACCGCGGAGAAGCAGAACCCUUUGGUUCCAAGAUUAUUUGGAGUUAUUGAUGGAAUAUUCUGUGUGUUGGAGGGGCACAUUGAAAACAUACCUACAUUGAAACAACAGUAUGGAUUGAACAAGACUGCAAAUGAGGUUAUCAUUGUGAUAGAAGCAUACAGAACAUUGAGAGACAGAGGACCUUAUCCUGCUGCUCAAGUUUUGAGGGACCUUCAUGGCAAGUUUGCUUUCAUUUUAUAUGAUGCCACUUGCCACUCCACCUUCAUUGCAGCUGAUGCGGAUGGGAGUGUGCCCUUCUUUUGGGGAGCUGAUUCUCAAGGAUGCCUUGUGCUCUCUAAUGAUAUGGAGAUUGUCAAAAGAGGCUGUGGGAAAUCCUUUGCUCCAUUUCCCAAGGGGUGCUUCUUCACUACAUCUGGGGGAUUGCAGAGCUUUGAGCACCCACUGAACCUGGUGAAACCAGUGCCCAGGGUUGACAGCAAAGGGCAAGUAUGUGGUGCCAAUUUCAAAGUUGAUGCCCAAGCUAAGAAGGAAUCCCCCAUGCCCAGAGUUGGAAGUGCAGCAGAUUGGUCCUCACAGUACUAGCAUUUUACUCCAAAUUCUACCCUUAUCUCAUCUAUCUACUAUUUAUUUUAUUUUAUUUUAUCAGACAAUAUAUGUUGCAAUCUGGCUAUGUUUCCUUUCUAAUCCUACAAAAUGUUUGGUUGGAGGCUGUAGCUGACAACCAAAUCAGCUAUCUUUGUUUGUAAUAGAGACGAGAAAUUAUUAAUA